AUGGCCGACAAACGAAUAUCGAUGUGGAAGAUGAUAGAAACACUGGAACAAAAAAAAUGUGGUUGUCCAUUCAAAUUAAUUGGUACAAAGUCAAGGUUUGAUGAAUUAUGGCUGUUGACUGUCAUCGAUGGCAAGCAUACUCAUCCUCAGACGUUGUUUCCUCACAGACAUGGUACGACUAGUCAUAUAACUCCACAACAGAAAGCAAGAAUUCAAGAAUUGAAAAUUUCUCACGUGAAGCCAAUGUUUAUCAUGGAUAGAUUGAGGAAGGAUGAUCCGAUUAUACAAACCUCUAUGAAGCAUGUUUACAGAGGAUAUCGAUAUUGGCAUCGCGUCGAUAGUGAAACGAGCAACGCAAUAACAGAUGUUAUGGUUGCUUUCCCCAAAUCGAUUAAGCUACUACGGUUGUUCGUGUACGUUAUAUUGAUGGACUGCACAUACAAAACCGAUAAGUAUAAAAUGACUCUUUUGGAAAUGAUUGGGAUUACUCCAGUUGGGAAUAAUUUCAUGAUUGUUGUUGCAUUUAUGCCGCAUGAAGGUGCAGACACCUAUGAGUGGACUUUGAAUUGA